AUGGUGAACUUCAAUUCUAUUAUCGCAUUUUCAGCUUUCGGUCUGGGUGCGCUGGCACACCCAACCAUCAAGCACAUCGACCGUCGCUUUUGCUCGCUCGAACAGCGCAGCGUCUUCGUCCGCGCGGAAGACCCUACCUCACCCGCACCAAUCCCCAAAGCGACGACAUGGAACCCGCCCUCCGAUAUGGUCACCGGUCUAGACCAGGUAUGGAAGCAGACCAUGAAGGAGAAUCCCCAAGGUCUUCAAGACAAGAACUGGAUCAUUGAUCAGAUGAUGGCCAACAACGGGAGUAUCAACUACUGUGUCCGCUGGAACCACUCGGGUAAAAGCACUGCGAGUGCGCGCGCAUCCACCGUCAAAGCUUUGCAGCGCUCGAUGCAGAAGUGGUUCGACGUGCUCGUUGGAUUCGAAGGAUUCCCGCUUACUGAGCUUAAUGUUAACGUUGUCGGCUACGCUGUCAAGGACAAGAACCUCAUCGAAGGUGAUGUCAACGGUCUGGACAUCUACACCACCACCGAUGGUGACGGCGUACCCGAGUGCGAUACUCGCUGCUAUCGCGCCGCUCAUUUGGAUGGCGAUAUGAGCCAGUGCCCCGGUGGUGAGGCCAGCCGCUACGACAUCAGCCUAUGGCUUGAUAAAAGUCUUGAGGGUCAGAUGGGCGGCUAUGGAUACAACUGGGGAGAGGAGAUUGGUCCGGACUACUUCCUGAACAACAUUGACCAGGAAAAUAUUCACAUCCUGCUCCACGAGAUGGGCCACGGCUUCGGUCUUCUAGACUUUUACGACUGGGUGCCGCAGGGCCAGACCAACUUCAUUAUGAUGGCCGGUAGCGCCAUGGAGAUCACCGAGUUCGAUGCUUGGAUGCUGAGGGAUUGGUGGAGGAAGUUGAAGGUAGAGCGCAAGUGGUAG